GUGGUGUGUGCUGCGCUGCAGGUGGAGCGCUCUGUGAUGACGAAGAGCUGCUCGGUGGAUUUGGUGACUCAGACUGACCAGCAGGUGGAGCAGCUGAUCAUCCAAUCAGUGAAGGACAAGUUCCCAAUGCACAGGUUCAUAGGGGAGGAGUCAGUAGCUGCAGGUGAGCCCUGUGUCCUGAGUGAUGAGCCCACCUGGAUCAUCGACCCCAUCGACGGGACCACCAACUUCGUGCACGCAUUUCCUUUUGUCGCUAUUUCCAUCGGCUUCUCUGUCAACAAGCAGAUGGAGUUUGGGGUGGUGUUCAGCUGUCUGGAGGAUAAGAUGUACACGGCCAGGAGGGGGGGGGGCGCCUUCUGCAACGGAGAGAGGCUGCAGGUCUCCAGCCAGGAAGAUAUCCAACAGGCGAUGGUCUGCACAGAGUUCGGCUCCAGCAGAGACCCUGAAGUCGUGGAGAAAAUCUUCUGCAGCCUGAGAGCCGUGCUGAGCAUCCCUACACACGGAGUGCGUGGAGCAGGGACUGCAGCGAUCAACAUGUGUCUGGUGGCCUCUGGAUGCGUGGAGGCGUAUUAUGAGAUUGGGAUCCACGUGUGGGACAUCGCUGCGGGGGCUCUGCUGGUGACGGAGGCGGGGGGCGUGCUGAUGGACGUGCAGGGCGGGCCGGUGGACCUGAUGUCCCGCCGGGUGCUAGCGGCUAACAGCCCGGCGCUAGCUGAGCGGCUGCUGCAGGAGAUCCACAGCUUCUGUCCAAUCAGAGACGACGCUGCGCCCUCACUCUGAACACGUGCAUUCUGGGUAAAACAGCAUGAGGUGCAUGGUCUGUUUGUAACGUUUGUGAAUAAUAAAGUUUAUGAUUAAAACAAAAA